UCUACCUGAGAUCAGAUAUAUCAGUACUACAGAGCCAAUUUUCAUUGUAGCAGUAUACUUUUGGUUUGUCUCUGAGGUUGUAGUAGAGUUAACAAAAUAAGUAUAAGUUAAUGUAAACCAAAAUAGGUAACCAUGACAAUUGAAUUUGAAGCCUGUACAUUCUCUAUAUUCACUCAAAAUUUAUAACACUCCGUCUAAACAUAAUGAUUUAUCUUUCAUGGUCACCAUUUGGGUUUGAUAGUGUUAUAAUACCAAAUUUCUUAGAAAGAAAAAAAUGGCUUAACAGUGUUUGGGAGAAUUGUGAGGAGAGGAGCACCUCUUUUCAGGCUGCUGCCCCAAAAGAAUAAAUUUAAAUAAGUAGAGAACCAUAGGCUUCCACUUUUGCUUGUAGCAGACCAGUGGUCCUGCUGACAAUUCCCAAUAAAGCUAGAUAAAAUACAAAAAAAAAUUUUUUUUUUUUGUUGGACAGUAUUAGAUAGCUGCCAAAGCAAAUAAGGUCCUGUAGAGAGGGGAAGCACAUUGAAAUUUCCCUUGGGGCAUUUGCUGAUUCUUGUUUUGAGGUUUGAAUAUGAGAAGCUGGUCAAAGGGCAGUCACUAAGAAUCAGAGAAACUAUGUUGCUUUCAGCAAAUUUGUAGAGAUGGGAAGACAAAAAUUAAAAUUCUGGGUUACCAAUGAAGCUUUGACUUUAAAGGGCAAGAUCCCAGAGAAAAGAAAAAAGUAAGCCUUAAUACUCAGAAGUUCUCCCCACAUGGCCCUUACUUGUUCUUAGCUAUGGAGGGGAAGAGACUAAGAAGUCAAACAAAAAGCAGUUGAAAAGCUGAGCAGAGUUUUGGCAGUUUUAUGGUGCUGGGGGUGGUGACAAAAAUUGGAGUUUAGGAUCUGUCAAGGAGUGUGGGGCCUCAAGGAACACCCAGGCUCUCAGUCGGGCUCUCUAGAGGACUGUACCCUUGAAAGUGGACAAACCAGAGGUAGACCAAGCCUUACAAAACUGUAGUCUAGUAUUGAGUGAACUUAAUUCCACAGCGGGUUGAGCUACUGCCAAAAGUUACGGUGAAUCCUUUCUGAUGUAAUAUAAUCCUGAGUCACUUCAGUUUUUCAUAUACAUUGUUCAUCAUUCAUUGUCCAAAAAUUACUAGGCAUGGAAUUUGGAAACUGGACCAAGAGAAAAUAAAACAAAUGCAUAGAUAACCUAGAUGUGAGAGUUAUCAGACAUGAUCUUUAAAAUAACUGUGAAUAAAAUGUUUGAGAAAAUAGAAAGUGAGAUGAAGAAUUUCAUCAGAAAACUGGAAUCUAUAAAAAAAAAAAAGUAAUUCUGGAACUAAAAAUAUAUAAUAGCUAAACUUAAGAACUCAUUAGGUUAGUUGAACAUCACAUUGGAUACUGUUGGAGAGAAGAUUAGUGUACUGGAAUAUAAGUCAAUAGAAAAUAUCCAGCUGAAGCACAGAAAAGAGAAUGGAAAAUACAGCAAAAAAGUAUGAGAGGCGUAGAAUAUAUGGCAAAAAAGGUCUCACAAUGUCCUGUAGGAUUUUUAAUAUAUCUAGAAUUAAAAUGCAUGACAAGGGGGACUUCCCUGGUGGUCCAGUGGGUAGGACUCCAAGCUCCCAAUGCAAGGGGCCUGAGGUUCAAUCCCUGGUCAGGGAACUAGGUCCCGCAUGCAUGCCGCAACUAAGGAGUCCACAUGCCACAACGAAGAUCCUGCAUGCCGCAACUAAGACCUGGCGCAGCCAAAAUAAAUUUUUUAAAAGAAGGGUUAACCUACUAAAAAAAAUGCAUGACAAAGGUAUAAAAGGUGGUGAUAAGUAUAAGAGUAAGUGUUCUUUGGGACUUCCCUGGCGGUCCAGUGGUUAAGACUUCGCCUUCCAAUGCAGGGGGUGUGGGUUCGAUCCCUGGUCAGUAAGCUAAGAUCCCACAUGCCUCGGGGCCAAAAAACCAAAACAUAAAACAGAAGCAAUAAUGUAACAAAUUCAAUAAAGACUUUAAAAAUGGUCCACAUCAAAAAAUCUUUUAAAAAAAUAAUUAAAAAAAAGAGUAAGUGUUCUUCAUUCUUGGCAUUAUCUGGGAAUUGAUAAAAGUACUAAUUUAUAUUAGAGUCUAAGAAAUCAAAUAGGCAUCUUGUGUAAUAAACACUAAAUCAAUAGUAAAAGACUGUGUAUAACCAAGCCAAUAGAGGGGGAAAAUGGAAUAAUAAAAAACAAUACGGGGACUUCCCUGGUGUCACAGUGGUUAAGACUCCACCCUUCCAAAGCAGGAGGCCUGGGUUCGAUCCCUGGUCAGGGAACUAGAUCCCACAUGCGUGCCGCAACUAAGAGUUCUCAUGCUGCAACUAAAAGUUCACGUGCCACAACUAAGGAGCCAGCAAGCUGCAAAUAAGGAGCUGGCGAGCCGCAUCUAAGGAGCCCGCCUGCCACAACUAAGGAGGCUGCCAGCAGCAGCCAAGGAGCCAGCAAGCCACAACUAAGGAGCCCGUGAGCUGCAACUAAGGAGCCUGCCUGCCACAACUAAGACCCAGCACACCCAAAUAAAUAAAUAAAUAAAUAAAUAUUAAAAAAAACAAUACUUGUUUAAUCCAAAGUAAUGCAAAAUGAUAAAUAAAUAAGAUGGUACUAUAAACCCAAACAUAUUAGUAGUUAUAUUUUAAUGUAUGUAGGUUGAUUAACAAAAUAAGAUUUUCAGAUUGGCUAUUAAAAAAAACCUAUAUGCUGCUUAUAAGAGGUAUACACCUUAAAUAUAAGGACACAGAAAAGUUGAAAGUAAAAAGAUGGAGAAAUAUAUAGCAUGCAAAAAAUGAAUAAGAGAAAGCUGAUGUAGUUAUUACAGAUAUCAGACAAAAUAUACUUUAUAGCUAAAGACAUUACUAGCAAUAAAGAGAAAUCUUUCAUAAUAAUAAAAGGGUAAUUUCUAUGAGGAAUAUAUACCAAUUUUAAACUCGUAUACAUAUAAUAACAGCUUCAAAAUAAAUGAAGACUAUUUGAGAGAACUAAAAGGAGAAUUAGAUAAUCUACAAUUACAAUGGGAGACCAACACAUCCCUCUCAAUAACAAAUAUAGCAAACAUAUAAAAUGAUGAGUUGAUAUGAGAGUUAUACACAUGAUUAACAGAGUUGACUAAAUUGACACACAUAGGACAUUGCACCCAACAAGAACAAAAUAUUUAUUUUCUUCAAGUGUACAUGGAAGAUUUACUAAAAUAGGCUGUAUUCUGAAUCAUAAAGCAACGCUGAACAAAUUUUAAGGAUUGAAAUCAUUGAGAAUAUUGUUUUCUACAGUGAGAUAAGCUAGAUUUCAAUUUCCAAAAAGGUAUCUACAGAAUCUCUAGGUAUUUGGAAACUAAACAAUGGUCUUCAAAAAGACCCAUGGUCAACAAAGAAAUCACAAAGGAAAUUUAAAAUAGAACAUCUGCAUGACCUUUGGGUAGGCAAAUUUUUUUUUUGACAAGACAAACUAAGGGAAAGACAUAUAAAUUGGACUAUAAUAAAAUUGUGACUUCUUCAUCAAAAGGCAUCAUUUACAGUGAAGAAGCAAAGCACAGAUUAGAAGAUAUUUAUAUAUAUGGCAGAAUAUAUUUAAAAUCUCUUACAAGUUGUUAAGAAAAAGACAAACAAAUAGAGACUGGAGCAGUCUCUUCACAAAAACACUGGAGUAGUAAUUCACAAAAGACAAUAACCGACUAGAGCCCAGAUGCCUCCUGGGGAGGGAAGUGGUUUCGUGAGGAGAAUUUGAGUUUAAAUUAUAAGACCUAAUUAUGAGUGAUCAAAUCAAAUACAUCGUGGACAAUCUCAAUAAGGAGCCUUUUAGGAAGAACUGUAACUUAAUCACAUUUGAUUCCCUGGAGCCAAUGCAACUAUUACAAGUUCUCAGUGAUGUUCUGGCUGAGAUUGACCCAAAGCAAGUUGUUGAUAUCAGAGAGGAGAUGCCAGAGCAGACAGCCAAAAGGAUGUUGAACCUUCUUGGUAUCCUUAAAUACAAACCUCCAGGAAAUGCCACGGACAUGAGUAACUUUCAUCAGGGUCUGGUGAUUGGAAGUAAACCUGUAAUUUACCCAGUGCUCCACUGGCUUCUUCAGAGGACUAAUGAACUGAAGAAAAGAGCAUAUUUAGCUCGUUUUUUAAUAAAACUUGAAGUACCAAGUGAGCUUCUUCAGGAUGAAACCGUGGCUGAUACCAAUAAACAGUAUGAAGAUUUGAUGGAAGCCUUUAAAACUUUGCAUAAAGAAUGUGAGCAGCUCAAGACAUCUGGAUUUUCUACAGCAGAAAUAAGAAGGGAUGUCAGUGCAAUGGAGGAAGAAAAGGAUCAGCUCAUUAAGAGAGUUGAACGUUUGAAGAAAAGGGUGGAGACAGUUCAGAAUCAUCAAUGGAUGCUUAAAAUAGCAAGGCAACUUCGAGUUGAGAAAGAGAGAGAAGAAUUUCUUGCACAACAGAAACAGGAACAAAAGAAUCCGCUAUUUCAUGCAGUGCAGAGACUGCAAAGAAUACAAAACCAGUUGAAAAGUAUGCGCCAUGCAACAGCAGAUGCGAAGCCUGAAAGUGUAAUGAAGAGGCUAGAGGAGGAGAUAAAGUUUAAUUCAUAUAUGGUAACUGAAAAAUUUCCUAAAGAAUUAGAGAACAAGAAAAAAGAAUUGCAUUUUUUACAGAAAGUGGUUUCAGAGCCUGCUAUGGGUCAUUCUGAUCUUCUUGAACUUGAAUCUAAAAUAAAGAACACACAGAUCAGUCAGCUGAUUGAAAAGAAAAUGAUGAGAAAUGAGCCAAUUGAAGGCAAACUGUCACUAUAUAGGCAACAGGCAUCCAUCAUUUCUCGUAAAAAAGAAGCCAAAGCUGAGGAACUUCAGGAGGCAAAGGAGAAGUUAGCCAACCUAGAGAGAGAAGUGUCAGUGAAGACAAAUCAGACCCGUGAAUUUGAUGGCAGCGAAGUUUUGAAGGGAGAUGAAGGGACAUGGGUUCGAGCCCUGGUCCAGGAAGAUCCCACAUGCUGUGGAGCACCUAAGCCCGUGCACCACAACUACUGAGCCUGUGCUCUAGAGCCCGUGAGCCACAACUACUGAGCCCACGUGCCACAACUACUGAAGCCCACACGCCUAGAGCCCAUGCUCCACAACAAGAGAAGCCACCGCAAUGAGAAGUCCGUGCACCACAACGAAGAGUAGCCCCCGCUCGCCACAAGUAGAGAAAGCCCGCAUACAGCAACGAAGACCCAACGCAGCCAAAAAUAAAUAAAUAAAAUAAAUUUAUUUUAAAAAAACCAAACCCCCCCCCCAAAAAAGACAAUAACCAAAUGACCACUAAACAUGAAAAAGUGCUCAUCCUCAUUAGUCAUUAUGAAUAUUCAAAUUAAAACUACAAUGAAAUACCACUGCAGAUCCACUGGAAUGGUUAAAAUUAUUAAGAUUGACAGCAUCAAUUGGUGGUAAGGAUGUGUGGAGUAACAGGAAUUCUCAUGUACUGCUGGUGGGAAUAUAAGUUUACAUAACUUUGGGAAACUAUUUGGCAGUAUCUACUAAAUCUGAACAUAUGCCUAUUCUUGAUGAGCAGUUCUACUCUCAGGUACAUUCCCAGCUGUAAUAUAUAUGUAUACCAAAGGACAUUUGCAAGAAUCUCCACAGCUGCACUAUUUGUAAAAGCCAAAAACUGCUGUUAACCCAAAUGUCCAUCAACAAUAGAAUGGAUAAAUUCUGGUAUAUUCACUUAAUGAAAUACUGUGCAGCAGUAAGAUUGAAUGAACUAUUACUAUAUGCCACAAUGUAGAUUAAUCUCACAAAGAGCAAAAGAAGCCAGAUUAAAAAAGAGUUAAUACUUUGUGUUUUCUAAAUGGAAUUUAUAAAUUACAAAGUUAAAAAAUAAGCAGAAUUAAUCAGUGGUGAUAGCAGGGAGGAUAAUGGUUACCAUUGGUUGGGAGGAGUGAUUAGAAGGAAGAACGGGGGAGCUUUUGGGGUUGUAGUGUUCUGUUUCUUGGUCUAGAACAAAUGUAUGUUCACUUUGUGAAAAUUCACUGAACUGAUCAUACAUGAUUUAUGCAUUUUUCUGUAUUUAUAUUUCAAUGAAAAGUUUAACUAGAAAAAAAAAAAGCCAGCACAUGUCCGUCUCACUCUGUUCACUUAAAAGAAGUGAAUGAGUAUAUCUUAGGUAAUCAGUAUAAUUUUUAGGAAAUUUGAAAUCUUAAAUGCUUAGAAAGAUUAUUAAUAAGCAAGAUUAAAAUGUAAUAAGCAGAUAAAGUAUUUGUAUGAAUGAAUUUUGGCAUUUUAUCUGAAAGUUAAAAAAAAUUACAAAUGAGACUAGCUGCAGUUACUGUUCUUGAUUAUAAAAGUAGCUCUAACUUUGUGCAUUUAUUAAUAUAAAAUCUAAGCUCUGAGUUGUAUUAAAUUUUUUUGACAAGAACUUCUAUUAUUUUAAA